AUUAAAUGUGCAAAAAAAAAGUGUGAAUGAAAGGAGGAGAAACUCAUCUUCUUCUAAGUCGUUGCCUUUUGCCCUGGUUGGUCCGUAGCGAGACCAACUUGAAUACCCUCACGUAUCCCUCAUGCAAGACGAUUGGGACAUACUUAGAUCCUGACGAAGAUGUAAGCUAUACGGGAUUCACUGUGAGCUCUAGGGCGGACACCAUAACCUAUCGAUCUGAAAGGAGGAGUAUCAACAGCAGAAAUGCCCGAUAUCAUGAUCCUGAUGGCACCGGUAUACAUAAACACCGUUCUGGCCAGACCUCUUACAAAGCCCGUGCCAGAAAGCAUUCUGAGAAGACCGGUGAUUCAACUCCAGAUCUUCUGGCAGUUCUUGAACAGACUCAUCGCAAACCUGAUGGGUCCUUUGUUGAUGGCAAAUCGGAGGAGCUAUUCAAAGAAGUGUCAUCGAGGAUAGAGGAGCAAGAGUCUCAGCUAUUCUCAGGGGAUAAUAUGGAAAGCAGUGCUUCUGGCGGGUUGUCUGUUCAUGCCAAGAACAAAAUUUAUGCUGAGGUUGCUCCAAGGAAGAAAGGCAGGCUUUAUGGGGCUGGAUCAUUGCAACAGGAGGCAUCUUCAGCCAAUUCUGGGCCAAGUAGUGAGGACCCGGUGGUUCUGUCGCAAAAGCUGGCCCGCGCUCAAGCUUGUAUUGCAACUCAGGCAGAGAGGAUGCAUAGCUAUGAUGCGUAUUUUGAGUACCUCGCCGAGAAGGAUCCUGAGUUUGCUGCCAAGUUUAAACAGGGAAACCAGACCGCCACUACAGCUGCGACCGGAACAGAAGGUUCCUCAAUCUUGAUCUUGCUCAUCAUCUACUUAGCAAGAUCAAACAUCUCUUCCUCCUCCUCAAAGCCAAUCUCCAAAACAAAUCUCUCCCAAGAAGAAGAAGAAACUCAACACAAACCAGAAGGAUGUCCAAUAACGACACAACAAUGCACAAAGAUGCCACUUUCUUUAUCCGAUGCAUUGGUUCAUUACGUUACCAGUAACGUCACUCCACAACAAACAUUCGAUGAAGUCUCUGUCUCAAAGAGAGUCUUGGACAAGAAGUCUCCUUGUAACUUUCUCGUCUUUGGUUUAGGUCACGACAGCUUAAUGUGGGCAUCUCUUAACCAUGGUGGUCGUACCUUGUUUAUUGAAGAAGACAAGGCAUGGAUUGCGAUAGUAACUAAGAAGUUCCCAAACCUGGAAUCUUACCACGUAGUUUACGACACAAAAGUCAAAGAUUCAGACAAACUAAUGGAACUAGGAAGAUCUGAAGAGUGUAGAUCUGUGUCUGAUCCAAGAAACUCAAAAUGUGAUCUUGCGUUGAAAGAUUUUCCGGCGGACUUUUACGAGACGAAAUGGGAUCUGAUAAUGGUUGAUGCACCAACUGGUUACCACGAAGAAGCUCCGGGGAGGAUGAGUGCUAUUUACACGGCGGGGCUUUUGGCUCGUAACCGUGAAGAUGGUGAAACUGAUGUUUUUGUUCAUGACGUUAACCGUCCUGUGGAAGAUGAGUUCUCGGCGACUUUCUUGUGUAAAGGUUAUAUGAGGGAGCAAAAUGGGAGGCUUAGACAUUUUACUAUUCCUAGUCAUCGGGCUCGAGCUGGACGACCUUUUUGUCCGGUGGAGGUUGAUCGCCGCCGUUGAUUUUGUCCUGAGGAUAUUAUUGUGUGGCGGAGAUCGAUAGAGAUUAUUGUCGUUGGCCGGUAAAUUGUUUCACCUAGUGGACUUUGAUGGACUUGCUUAGCUGGCAUUAUUUUGGUUGUGUUUUUGGCUUUAUUUGAUUACGUUUUCAAGAUUCAGUGCAUUUACUGAAACGGUAUAUUAAAAUAGUAAUCUUCAC